UUUACCGGACAGCAGGUUUGGCUUUCCCUUGGUGUUGGGUGUGGUGCACACACCGGUGAAAUCCAGGGCGUUGCCCAGCAUGGUGUUCAUCCUGCGGAAGAUGUCUGCGUUGCUGCAGGUGGACAGCGCCGGAGACUCGAUGUCCGGGCUCUCCGGCCUGCGGGCUUCGUUUCUCUGCAGGAGAAGACCGUGAGAGGGAGGAAGCAUUAACCUAACACCCGUGCUAAAAGGCAAGAAUCAGUCUGAUGAGGGGGCACCUACGGCUGGCAGGAUGCAGCAGAAAAGGAACAUCCAGAUCAUCGAGUGGGAGGACCUCGACAAAAGGAAGUUCUACUCUUUCGGGUUGUUCAUGACAAUGACAAUCCGGGCCACAGUCUACCCGGCCACGCUGAUCCGGACUCGACUGCAAGUGCAGAAGGGCAAAUCGCUCUACGGCGGCACUUUUGAUGCCUUCUUCAAGAUCCUGCGGGCGGAGGGGGUGCGAGGCCUGUAUCGCGGCUUCAUGGUCAACACCUUCACACUUAUCUCAGGCCAGGCAUACAUAACCACCUACGAGCUGGUGAGGAAGUAUGUUUCGCAGUAUUCUGAGGACAAUACGGUCAAGUCGCUGGUGGCGGGGGGCUCGGCCUCCCUGGUUGCUCAGAGCAUCACUGUUCCCAUAGAUGUCAUAUCUCAGCAGCUGAUGAUGCAGGGCCAAGGGCAGCACCUCACACGCUUUCGGCUUGACUCUAACACUGAGACUGGAAAGCCAAAAAAAGUGUUUGGCCAAACCAGGAACAUUAUUGCUCAGAUUUUUGCUGCUGAUGGCUUCAGGGGUUUCUACAGGGGAUACGUGGCUUCUUUACUCACCUAUAUCCCGAACAGUGCUGUGUGGUGGCCUUUCUAUCACUUUUAUGCUGAGCAACUCUCUAAACUGGCUCCCAGCAACUGCCCUCAUCUGAUUUUACAAGCCAUGGCUGGACCUCUAGCUGCUGCUACUGCCUCCACUGUCACCAAUCCAAUGGAUGUGGUCAGAGCCAGAGUCCAGGUUGAAGGAAGGACCUCGAUCAUCGAGACGUUCAGGCAGCUGAUCAAAGAGGAGGGUUUCUGGGGAUUGACCAAAGGACUGUCCGCGCGCAUCAUUUCAUCCACACCCACUGCCAUCGUCAUGGUGGUCGGCUAUGAGACACUAAAGAAACUGAGUUUGCGACCAGAGCUGGUGGAUUCAAGACACUGGUAGAAGAUACCUGGACAGGCAUCGUACGGACCAUUUAUUGUGCCAAUUUUUUGGCCCUCAUCUUUUAGUUAGUUUAUGUGUAAACACUGAAUGAAAGAAGGGUCUGUUUUAAAUACAUCUAACAGCCUUGGGAUCAAAAUUGAGUAAUUUAAACACUUUUAAUUUGAAAUUGUUCAAACCAACCUGUAAAACCUGUAAAAAUGAAUUAAAAAUAUUAAGCGGGUUUACAGUUUGUAUGUGCUGCUGCUUAACAGAGCCUGCUGCUGGUUAGUACAGAUUAAACGGUGAAUGCAAUUUAGUUUCAGUAAUGGAGGGCACAUAAAAAGUAAUGCAGCUUAAUGGGAUUUUAUACAUUCUAAUGUUUUGAGAUGUCUGUGAUUGAAAGGCCCGUUGGAGGAUCUUUGCUGUGGAGAAAAGAGUUGAUUGCUGUUAUUACGUUUGAUUAUUUAUGAGAGUAACCAGUAACCUGUGUUUGCACUGUUCUGCCAAAGCCACCAACGUGUUUUGAUGAGAGUUUGGAUAAAAGGUCCUUUGAGUGGAGAUGACACAUUUACAUCAGCAGUAAACAAAUCUUUCCCAAGUGUUUGUGUCCUUAUGUUCGCCUUAUGUUUUGUUGCCGUUCUGCAGUUGCAGUUUUUUAUUUUAUUUUUUUUCUCUUGGCCUUUUUUUUUUUUAAAAAGCCGCCUUCAUUGUGACAUUAAAACAGCCAGUUCCUAUUAGAACAACACUAAAUGUUAGAAUCUAUAACUUUAAAAUAAAAAUUUCAUUUAAAGUUGUCAUGUAGUUGACAAUUUCCAAAAACAUGGUGCAUAACGUACAAUAUUUUAUCUACACUUUUUACUGAAAUUAGUAUGCAUCUUUAUUGGCAUUGUAGAAAAUAGCGCUGUGAUCAGGCUGGCUAGUAAAAGGCUCAUUUAGUGUUUUAACAGGAAGGUGAGCACAACUGGAAUAUUUCCAUUAGGCUGGGCUUGUGAGGCAAAACUGGCUGUGAACUAAUGCUGUUUCCCUGUUGUGACAGUAUGUGUCUGAGUGCAAUAAUGUGAAUGUUUUGUCCUGUUCAGCACAAAAUGUAUUUAUAUAUUUCCUCUAAGUUGUGUGAAUAACAUUUUAAAAUGAUACCUAAUUUAUUUUUUCUUUUGCAGGUUUCUUGAGUUUAGGGGAAUAUGAUGAUUAAAA